UUCCCCUCUAAAAAUCUGGGCGUGAAUCUUUCUCUCUUUGACGACAAACGAGUUUCAGUGUCUCUGGGGAUACAUUUCUGUAAUAGCUUUGAAGGUUUUGUAAGAAGUGAAGUAAAAACAAUUCAAUGGAGUGUGUAGUUCAAGGAAUCAUUGAGACACAGCAUGUGGAAGCUCUUGAGAUUCUUCUUCAAGGUCUUUGUGGUGUUCAACGUGAACGCUUGAGAGUUCAUGAGCUAACCUUGAAAAGCAUCCCAAAUCUUGGAGUUGUAUCUUCAGAAGUUAGGCUUUUAUGUGACCUUGACCAACAACCAGAGCCCACAUGGACGGUUAAACAUGUUGGUGGUGCAAUGAGAGGUGCAGGAGCUGAUCAAAUCUCUGUUAUGGUAAGAACCAUGAUUGAAAGUAAAGUCAGCAAGAACGCCUUGCGUAUGUUUUACUCUCUCGGUUACAAACUAGACCACGAGCUUCUCAAAGUUGGCUUCGCUUUCCAUUUCCAACGGAACGCGCACAUUAGCGUCUCUGUAUCUUCAGUGAACAAGAUGCCUAAGAUCCAUGCCAUAGAUGAGGCUGUCCCUGUAACACCAGGGAUGCAGAUUGUUGUUGUAACAGCUCCAGCAACACCUGAGAACUAUGGUGAAGUUGCAGCUGCGGUUUCAUCUUUCUGUGAAUUUCUCGCCCCGCUUGUGCACUUGUCGAAACCGUUCAUCUCUAUGGGAGUUGUGCCGACCGCUGCUGCGGCUGCUGCAUCUCUUAUGUCGGAUGGAGGUGGUACUACUUUAUAA